AUGGGUCUUGUCCAGUGCUUCAGAGAAAUGUUCAGCUCCUCAACUCGAAGAAAACCUGUGCAGAGGGAUGCAAUCCCAACACCUCUACAUCGAUGCCUUGGUGUAGUCGACCUGACUCUACUUGGUGUCGGAAGUAUGAUAGGAUCUGGUAGUUUUCUUUUACCGGGACAAGUUUCUGGAGUAGUGGCUGGUCCGGCUGCUCUAUUGGUUUUCUUCCUCUCGGGUAUGUUGGCUUCACUGUCUGGCCUGUGUUAUAUAGAGUGUGCCUUACAGCUACCUGGAACGGGAGCGUCUUACCUGUACGCCUAUGCGACACUUGGAGAGAUGAUAGCGUUCUUAACUGGGUGGAGUGGUAUGGCAGCACGAAUCGUUGCGCUUGCUUUCAUAGGACAGGUAUGGAGCGCCUAUUUAGACGAUGCUUUAGGCGGCUCCAUUGGAAAUGCUACCGUCCAGUUUGUCCUUGGAGGUCAGGAAUGGAAUGCACCUCUUCUUGGUACCCAUCCCGAUUUUAUCGCUGGAUUGCUGAUCCUUGUGUCUGGUGGUAUUAUUUCUUUAGGUACCAAUGUAUUCUCCAAAGCUAACAAUUUAUUCAUGAUAACCACUUUACUGACUCUGAUGUUGGUUUUCAUUGUGGCCAUGAUUCAUGCAGAUUUCUCCCUCGUAACAGAGCAUGGGUUUGCACCAAGGGGAGUUGGAUUUGAUGAUAUUGUAGGAAGUGCAAUCCUUGCUUACGCAGGUUAUGCUGGGAUCGAAGCUAUCGCCCUAGCAGCUGAGGAAGCAAAAGACCAAUCCAAGGAUCUCUUGAUAGGACUUGUGUCUGCUCUUGGAAUCAGUAUCUUAGUCUACAUGACUGGAGUCCUCUCAGUCACUGUAUUAACAGAAUACAGCAACAUCGAUCUUAAAACCCCGUUUGAGGCAGCGUUUAAUGAUCUUGAUGGUCUACGUUGGAUGAAGUACAUCGUAGCAGUAGGUGCGUUAUGCAGCAUAACGGGAGGUGCUCUAAACCUAUCCUACGCUAUGACUCGUUUCAUAUAUCCCAUGUCAAGAGAUGGACUUCUUCCUUCUGUGCUCUCCAGGACCAACGAGAGAACUAAGACUCCCUUGCUAGCUAACCUUCUUGGCACUUGUAUUUGUGUUGUUUUUGCCGUAUUAAUUGACAUCAAGAUUUUAAUACAGACCAACUCCAUGCUAUAUACACUUGAGACCGUCAUUAUAAUAUUUGCGGUGACUAUCUUGCGUUACAGACCCCCUAACCGGAGUGACGGGUACGUAGAAUUGGGCGGCGUAGACAAGGCUGAUUUCAAGGAGGGUGCCAACGAGGCUCAUGGACGCAAGAAUACUACAUCAGAUUUGAAUGGAUUGCUUAAACCUAAGCCAGAAACUGACACUGCUGAAACCAACGCUACAAACGAGCUACCAAAGCGUCCAUCUUGGAUUCACAAGGGCUGUGCCAUCAUUCUUCGAUGGAUCAGAGAACAUACAACCAGAUCCGUGAUUCUUUCACUCUGCUUUCACCUCAUCUUUGAGUUCCUUCUCGUAGCCUUGUUGACCUUCAGAAUGGACGACUUGUUGCGAGUCCAUGACCCAGGUCUAAUACUCGGGAUAGUCGUAAGCAGCGCUUUAACUCUCGUCUCGUGCUGUCCACUGUUACUUCUACCGCAAUACACCGAUGACCUCCCAUUCAAAGUACCACUUAUGCCCUUUCUACCGCUGAUUGCUUUGCUUGCUGCUGUCAUUCUGUUGCUACACUUUAAUUCCUUGGUCUAUGUAGGAGUCGUCGUUUGGUUGUGUUUAGGACUCAUCGUGUACUUUACGUACGGCAUGAAGCAAAGCGUGGAGGCCACACGACAAGAUGUUCACCUGAAUGAUCAGUGA